AUGGUGAUCGAAAAAUUCUCAGAAAUAGAAAAUAAGAAUGUAAAGGUGCCGGAAUGGCCCAGGCAUCCGUAUGGCGAGGAGCAGUACGGCCAGAAGUUAAAGAUCGUGCCCAUUAAGGAUAUACGCUCGCUAACAAUAAGCUUUACGACCGACGAUCUGACCCAGUACUACAAAUCGGCGCCUGACAACUAUUUAACGCAUCUUAUUGGMCACGAAGGCAAGGGYAGCAUAUUAUCUGAGCUGCGRAGGCUUGGCUGGUGCAAUGAUCUUAUGGCUGGUCAUCAGAACACCCAGAAUGGCUUUGGAUUCUUCGAGAUUGUGGUGGAUCUAACGCAGGAGGGCUUGGCUCAUGUAGAUGACAUUGUGAACAUAGUAUUUCAGUAUUUGUGCAUGCUGAGAAAGGAGGGACCUAAGAAAUGGAUAUUUGAUGAGUGUGUGAAAUUAAACGAAAUGCGGUUCCGUUUCAAGGAGAAGGAACAACCAGAGAAUCUCGUCACCCAUGCAGUAUCAUCCAUGCAAAUAUUUCCACUGGAAGAGGUGCUAAUUGCACCUUAUAUGAGCAACGAAUGGCGUCCCGAAUUAGUUUGCAAUCUUUUGAACGAAUUGGUGCCAUCAAAGAGUCGCAUUUCCUUGGUUAGCCAAAGUUUUGAGGAUUCUACCGAUAUGACAGAGCCCUAUUACAAAACGAAGUAUGGCUUGGAGCGGAUACCCCAGUGCACAAUUGAGAGAUGGGAGUGUUGUGAUGUAAAUGAGAAUCUAAAGCUGUCACUGCCAAACAGUUUUAUACCGAACAAUUUCGAUAUUGCCGAAGUGCCCAGCGACGCACCAAUACAUCCCACAAUUAUAAUGGAUACGCCAAUUCUGCGAGUGUGGCACAAGCAGGACAAUCAAUUUAAUAAGCCCAAAGCUUGCAUGACCUUCGACAUGUCCAAUCCGAUUGCCUAUUUGGAUCCACUGAAUUGUAAUUUAAAUCACAUGAUGGUAAUGCUGCUGAAGGAUCAACUGAACGAAUAUCUAUAUGACGCAGAGCUAGCCAGUCUCAAGCUAAACGUAACAACCAAACCAGGCGGCAUUGAUUUUACUAUACGUGGCUUCAACGACAAGCAGGUGGUAUUGCUUGAAAAGCUCUUGGAUCACCUGUUCAAUUUUAGCAUAGAC